UGUCAGUGCAGUCCUGUGUUGUACGGAACAUGCGUUUGUGGGAUGAGCAGCAGAGCUGGUUAUGUGGGUUGCACCCAGGGAAAAGUUGACAGGUUCUUGACUGAAGACCAAAUGUGUGAUUGUAUUAAAUUCCAUUGUGUUCUCUCUGAUAGACAUAUGAAAGGUGCCUGGUCUUCAAACGAGAGCUGGCCUCGAUACACUUUUGAAGGUUCUGACCAAAAUGAUGCACUUUCAAUAACUGUCUUUAUCUGAGGAUUAACAGAGUUUCAGCCCACUUCAUAUCCAAUAACAAAAGUGUUCAGCUGAGUGAGUUAUGAGUGGGAAGGACCUUGUGAGAAGCACAGAAGAUGAACCCCAUCGGGGUAUUUCUCCAUGAUUGGCUUCAUUUUCUCCUCGAAGCCACCGACCUGCCUCCACAAUGGGUGCAAACUCCUCCUGUCGUCGUACAAACUGAUGGCAUGGACCUCAGUGUCUGGAUGUGCCUGAAAAAACAAACAAACAGAAAGUAAAAACAGCAGAGGAAAAGACAGUAAACGCUCAUUAAAUCAUAUCCUUAAUGACUUCACAUUAUGCACCAUGCGAGCUCUUUGACAAGAAGUUACCUGCAAGUAAGCUGAUCCUGAGGAAUAGAAAGUGGCUAAAGAAGUGAAAGUGUUAUCUUGAAUACUUUCACUUCUCUCAAAGUCCAAAUAUGACAGUCACUUUAUUUAGUCAAGUUUAACUUUAGAGACAUCUGUACUUUCCUUGAACGUUUUCAUUUAGAUCUAUUUCUUAAUUUCACUCCACUACAUGUCAACGUUCAGGGUAGUUUCCCUUUCUGAUAGCUUAAGUGAACUAGACAAUACAUAAAACAACAUUGUUUUUAAACGUUUUCUCUAAAAUAAAAAAAAUAAAUUUUUUUUUAAAUAAAACUCGAUUCAUACUUGAGCUCCUUUGAGGUGUCCUACCUUUAUAAUGUAUUCAAUCAAUGUUUGAAACUGUUUAGGUCCAUCAAACAGCCCGUGAACGAUGAUAACCGGCUUGUAACCGUCGAUGUGAGCCCCCUUGAGCAGCAGCAGCAGCAGAGACACCACUCCGAUGGUCUGCAGACUCUUCAUCUCUCUACCUGGAUAGAAGAUCGUUAGAGGAGCAUAGAGAGACUUUAUAUCAAGAUAUUUAACAGCGCUGAUGAGUAGAUCUCGAUCUCUAAACUUUGAGUUGCAUCUGCUUGACUAUGUGUGAGCGCACUUCCUGUAUCACAUCCUUUUGAGAACGUUCAGUCACCUACUAUCAAACAGUGCCAUCCCACUCAAAGCUGACUCAGUUAUUGUAGAAAUUUCUCACUACAUUUGUCAAGAAAAGAAAAAAAAAUCUGAUUUAAUUUCAUUUUUAUUAAUUUCAGUUCAAUUCAGUUCAAUUCAAAUGAUCUUUUUUGGCUUGAAAGUCAGAACAACAUUGCCAAUAGUGUUGUGUCGUUCGCGAACGAUUCGUUCAAAAGAACCGAAUCUUGUAAGUGAGCGUACUGAACCGAAUCACUUCCUCAAGUGAUUCGUUCGUUUCUCACUUCAGUUGAGCCGAAGUGACAAACAGCAGUCGGCGAAUGAGGAACCACAUGCACCGACGCCUUAAUCCCUUGGUGAACGAAUCACGCAUUGAACUACACUCUCUGGAACAAUUUUUAUCAGACAAAACUACUUUUUUUUUUACUGCUAAAUUGCCACCACAACAACUUGCUCACAGUAGCACACAGCAUGUAACAAGUAGUGCAUAAAACCCACAGCAUUCUAUCAACACUAGUACCAUUACUCACCGCAAACCAACAUAAGACACCCCCAAAAAAACAAAAAAGCCAGCACAGAAAUUGAUUUAUACUUACCAUAAGGUAGGACCAUAGACUGUAUAUAGAAUGGACAGCGUCUGCCUCCUUGCUGAGUGAAGCCACUCUAAGAACAGCACCCUCUGGUGACGGGCUGCAGUACAGGUCAUAAAUCCCGCCUCCGCCAGCAAAUCUUAUGGAGCUGUGGACAAACUUUAGAAAUUUAUUACACAGAAUAUAAUUUUUUCUCCCCCCCUGCUUGUGAUGUUGACAUGCAGUUACACUAAGACUGGUUUGUUCUCAAGUCCUCUUUUUUCUGUACAGCUCAGUUUUUAAAAGUUAUUAGGGGGUUCAUGUUUUCUAUGAUUGACACCGGAUACAGCCUAUGGGCGUACAAAGAUUGCGUAGCUCACCCGAGGAAAACGCUGUUUGAGCCGAGCGUCAUCACAGCGACUCUCGGCGACUCUCCCGCUGAAUGCGCACGAUGCUACUGCGCAAGUGGUGGUUUCAGGAAAUGAUGAAAAAUCGCGGAAAUACCGAGAGCUUUUCGGCUUCGAAUCCGUAUACAGGCGGGAGGCGGAACCAAGUUGUCCGUGGUGUAUACAGUAUUUGGACAGGUCCAGCAGGUAUAGGGCUGCCUGCUGCUUCGCUCCUCUGCUCCUCUCUCCCCUCCUUUACAGCGCCCUCACAGUACCGUAAUGUGACGUAUAUCACCGCAAAACUCCGCUUCUCAGCCUUUAGAUUCCGUUAGAAUUACGUCGUUUGCGCAAACGGUCGAGGAGUUACGGUAAUCGGAAUCUGUCGCCGGCGACGUCGCUGUCCGUAGUUUUGCUAGUCAAAACCAUAGACUAUACUAUUUCUUUAUCCAGUCUAUGGUCAAAACGCAACAUUUUUUAUUUCUUUCUUCUUUUUUUUAAUAUAACUCCCACAGAUAAUUUCUCUUUGUAGGAAGAAGAGAACUUUUCAAGUUGCCAUUAAUUAAUCAGCUAUAUCAAGAAUCAGAUUCCGUAAACGAAGAAUAACAUAAUUUAAAUUGAUUAAAAUUGUUUUGUUUUUUUUGUCAAACUGCAAAAGUCAGAAAUAGAGAAUUAAUUGUUUAUCUUUUUUUUAAAUUUUACUUUAUAUUGCAUUUGUUGGUACUAAGAACAGCUGGUAAAUUGAAGGAGUUUGAAGUGUAUCAAAACCAGAAAGUAAUAUUUUCGAUUACAAAGCAGUAAUCUCAAAGAAUGACAGGAGUCAGAUGUAUCAUGCUAUUAUUUAUUAUGUUCAGCUGAUGCAAGCAUGAGCACUUAAUGUAUACCUAACAAAGUAAAGCACAUUAUAUCUUUGUCAUUAUAUCAGUUUUCAUUCAUCAGUAGUUACAGUAAAUAAUGAAUUUUCCAACCCAAAUGAUACGACAAAAUUGAAACCAGAGAUGGGGAAAUCUGAUCUGAUCUUGACUGAAAUCUCUAAAACAAACUAUCAGAGAGAUUUUGAGAUGUUCCUAAAGGGGCAUUAAUGCAGAUAAACUAACAUCAUUUCAACUAAUUAAUUUUAUUAUCAAACUGCAUAUGUCAGAAAUAUAGAGAAUUGAUCUGUUUAUCUUCCAUUCAUGGCAGAAACAAAACACAUACCUGAAGUUUCCACCAGAGGGCAGCAACUCGCAAUAAGUAAUAAGUGAACUAGUAAUCAUUACUCAGGUCUUCCAUGGAGACAUCUCAUAUAUAUAAUUUAUUCAAAUACCAUAUAAAAUGUUACCGUCUGUUUAAGGAUGCAUUUGAAAUAGACAUUUAAAAGCUGUAAAAUUCUUAAAAAUAGAUAAAAACUAAAUAAAAAGUCUGAACAAAAGAAACACUCAAUAUAUAUAUAUAUUUAUUUUCAGCUUUUGGUGUUAUAUCCUGUCAUAAAAGUUUUAAUUUCCCUGAGAUAACCUCCCCAAAAGGAUCAAUAAAAUUCUAUCUUAUCUAAAAGGAAGAGGAUUGUGCUACAGAAUAAUAAUACAGUAAAUGAUAUGACCCCAAAAGUCUGACUUAAAAACACUAUAUUUCCCUCUCUUUGUUCAACUUUUUGUACAGUUCCUUUUCUUCUGAACAAAACAAUACCAUGACUUGCGUGUGGCUUUAAAAGUGUGAAAAUCUGCGUGUCAGCUAAAAGCCUGCUCAUAAACUAGCACCAUCAUAGGAUGUUUUCCUAUAAUGUCACCUCUGUGACGGACUGGUACUCAUGUUAACCACUUCUCAAUGCAGUCGUUGAACACUGUGCGGUUAUAGGUCCAUCUUGUGUGAUACACUCCAGAGUGAACACACGUCGAUAUGUCCCCACGAUCAUCCAGGGUCUUCAGUCCAAACAAGUCUUCCUUGUAAAACUUUGAGAAGACAGACAAAGAGAAAGACAAGUUACCCAACAGACAGAUUUAUAAUGAAAAAGACGAGAGAGAAGUCUGCCACAUGCAGACUGGUUUUGCAGUUAUACUAAAGUGAUUGGGGCAUAAGGUGAAAAAAAAAGCAGUGAUGUAUCUUUUAAAACUCACAUUCUGGUCCUUCAUUUCUACCACAUUUUCCUCCUCGUCAUAGAAUCCAAAGAGGCUGAGCAGAAAAGAGGAAACAGUCACUCCAGGUACAGAGAACAUGAAAACUGAUACACUUUCAAAGUGUAAAUUUGAUUUAGGAGCUUUAGAUUUCCCAACAAGAACACUGAGCUGUCAAGUUGCUCAAAUCCAAAGACAUAAUAAAAAAAAAAAUGUUAAUUUAGCCCACCAACAAGUAGCUCUCAGGCCCAGAACAAACCUUUCAUAACUAGAGUUUUGUCUCUUGGGCUGAAAAGUUUGUUGCUCUGUACCCUGUUUUCUGACAGUUGAUUUAAACACAAACCUGCAAGCAAGGCUCAGGUGUAAAAAUAUUUUAAUCCACAUGCUGUUUGUGUUAAAAUUUAACCAAAUACAGAUUUGUAGUCAGUGUUUGCCUGUAAUUAUUUUUUGACUGAAUUGGAGUUUUCGUAUUCUGUAAUCUGAUUGACGACACCCAUCAAUGUCUGGAUUUUGUAAACCAACCAUGACGGCAGGCAUAUUAUGCUGUCUCAAACUAACUUUUGAUCAAACAUGUAGCAAAGAGGCAGAUUUAAGGUAGCCCCAAAGUGCCUGGUACACAGCUACAAUUUGCCCCUGUAUUAGUCAAGUCAGCCAUGCCCUAAUCAUGCCAAACUUGCCUUAAUCGCUUCGAAACUAAUGAGUGAUAGAAAAAUGGUGUGUACAAAUAUAGACAUGGGCCAUUCAGACUACAAACAUAUUUUAUUCUAGGCUGUAAAAAAAAUUUAUUUCAGCUGUAAAGAUCAGCAUUUUAACAUUGGUUUAAAGGGGUCUCCUUGACCUUUAGAGCAGGCCUCAAGUGGACACCCGAGGAACUGCAGUCGUAUGUACUUCUGCAUUAGCUGCAAUUUUUAACGCUGAAGGUUGGUUUGAUAUUUCCUCAUAUUUCACAACAAAGCUUAAAUGUAAAGUAACAACAUUUUUGUUUUUAUUUGUAAAGCUUAGAUGGGGGUAAAACCUGGACUGCCAUGGUGUUAUGGCGCCAUCAUCUGGUCCUCCAAUCAGAACAAGCUUCUUGAUGCGCAGGAAGUUUUCCUUCCACACUAAGGAGAAAUCCAUGAAUUUACUUUUUUACUGUACUGAAAAUAAUGAAACACUACGGCCUGUUAAAGUACUUCAAUUAUUACCUUUCAUUUUUGGGUCUGGUCUGUCACCAUUAAUCCGGGCCAGAAAGUAGUUGUUGUUCCGGUACCUGGGCCCCUGAUGAGGGUCUGCAGAGAAAGAUUCAGGUCUUUACACACCUACUAAACAAACAAAAGGACAUCUACUGUUUGAUACUUGACUAACUAGUUUUAAUUCCUUCGAAACCUGGAAAUACCAGCUGAUGGAUACGAAGUAGAUAUAAAGGUAAAAAAUAAAAUCUGCUUUUCAAAUAGUUUCAGACCCCUCUCAUUCUCACCGUUCCAGUAGUUGCAGAUGGAGAAUCCUUGUCCUAUUAUGUUGUAGCAAAAAGGAAACACUUUGUUCUUCUCAAUGUGUGGGAUUAUUCUGUUCAGGAUGUCAGUGACUGUGGGAAAAAGAUAGUAAUCUUGUCUCUUACUUGUUUUUGGACACUUGAUGGCCUCACUGAGUUUAGUUUGUGGCUUGUGUGGACACCAGUAAUCACCUGCUGCACUUCAGCUCUUCCUGGUUGUCUCUUACUACCAGAUUAUAUCCAUACCUCCUGUGGUAGCUCGGCCAGUCUUCAAGUAUUGUAUAUCUGAAACUCUAGUGAAUGUGUGUUUUACCUACGAUUAAUCCCUGCUCUCCUCCUCUCUCCUCUGGUGCCUCUUUGUACAUUUGAAGCCAAAGCCCCAACCUCUGCUACGCUGCCACAACUCUUACUCUGGAUCACUUACCUGCUCUUGGGUUCAACAUAAAAACUCUGGAAAUCAUUAUCAAAUCUUUUUCUGUAUUUCAAACUUCCAAAAUAGGGGAGACACUGUAUAAAAUAUUAAUGAAACUGAAUUUACAAAUCACUUUAAAUCUAAACUGAAUUGAAAACAGUACAAAGACUAUGUGAUAAUGUUGGAACUGAUAACUCUUAUUCAGUUUGACGCCACACGUUGUUUCAAAUGUAUGAACAUUGUUGGAAACUGUUGAACUAUUAGCUCACACAGUCUCUCACAGAGCAUUAACCUCUUCCCAUCUUUACAUAUGAGAGACUCUGACUCUUUGAACUGCAUUUGUCCUGUUGAAAGUUAAUAUAACUGUAGCUGGGUGAUGUUCAAUCUAAAAUUGUAACACCCAAAAUAACACUGUUCCCUGAAGGGUGAGUGUUAUGUAGACAUGCUGAAAGUAUAAAAGGACGCCCUCUGACCUCCGUACUGCCCAGCUUGUGGAGAUGCCAGUGAAAUGAAGGUGUCCACGUUGUGGUGUGCAGUCUUGUAGAGGAUUGCUCGACAAAUUAGAGCACCUGAUUAAAAAAAAGACAGAAAAAAAGUCCCAGAGUAAUCAACAUCAACAAAUAUGUGGUGAGACGCCGCCCCCUCUUGUUUUAUUUUGGUUGGACUUCCUGUUUUUCUUUGUUUGCCAAGUCUGGCUUGACUCUUUUCCAGAGAACCCUCCCUCUCCCCGGUCACUGAGGCUGAGUGAGACUUCAGGAUUGUUUCAUCUCCCUAGAAAUGAUUCGAUAUUUCUGCUAAAAAUAAAAAAUCACAACAUGAUGCCCUCGCUGUUGAGGUUAAAGUUUGACAGCUGCUGCUUCUUAACUCUUGAGUAUGAACAUACAUCUGACCUAAGAGUAUAAAUGACAAGAAGUGUUAAGUCAUUGUGGUCAAAAACAGCCACAUGUCGUUUCAGAAACAGAAACAGAAGUGUCAAACUUGUUUAGAUACUGCUCCUCAUCUUUAGUGUGAGCUUGUGUCUGUUUCCUUCCUUCCUUCUCUUUGGUUCAUCUUCUCUUUAUGUCUGUGUGUAUUUAUGAGUAUGAUAGUGAGCAUUCAGUAUAUCUCAUUGUUCAGUGUGUUUUCCUUCAUUCAUGCCUGGUGAUUAUGUUGGUAAACUGACCUUCAGAUAACAGAUACUCUGUCUGCCUUUCCUCUCUGUGACCUCUUGAUGUCCUUGUGUUUAAUAUGAACAGAAUAGAUAAUGUCCACUCUGUCUAACAUUAUCUGGGAGGGAUCAUUUCUCUUCGUGUUUGACAGACUGAGAGGCGCUUCUCUUUUUAUGACCUUAUUUUUAUCUGUCCCUGACAGUGGAUGGGUUUUCUCACUGAGCUCUUAGUCACUAGUUUAUUUGUCACUUCAAGCUAAAAGGAGUGUGUUUAAAUAAUGCUUUUAUUAGAGUUAAAGCAGUCAGUUCUGGUUGAGUAUUUUCAGGCUGCUGUUGACUGAACAUUAAGGUCAUUUUGUCAAAUAGAUGGUCACUCAAACCUGUUCAUUAUUGAGCUCAUUUUGGUGUUGUUUAACAGUGUUGUACUUUCUGUAAUGGACUGGUUGGAUAAAACAUUAAAAUACUCCCAGGGUUUUAAGCUUUUGUGAUUUUGAAGGGCAAAGUUUGUGCACAAAUUUCAGUGGACAUGUAGUUUAAGACAGAGAAAAUAUUGUGUCAGUGCAGUCCUGUGUUGUAAAGAACACUCGUUUGUGGGAUAAGUGAAGCUGAGUAUGUGGGUUGCACCCAGGGAAAAGUUGACAGAUUCUUGCUCAGACGACUGAAGACCAAAUGUGUGAUUGUAUUAAAUUCCAUUGUGUUCUCUCUGAUAGACAUAUGAAAGGUGCCUGGUCUUUAAACGAGAGCUGGCCUUGAUACACUUUUGAAGGCUAUGAUGGUUCUGACCAAAAUGAUGCACUUUCAAUAACUGUCUUUAUCUGAGGAUUAACAGAGUUUCAGCCCACUUCAUAUCCAAUAACAAAAGUGUUCAGCUGAGUGAGUUAUGAGUGGGAAGGACCUUGUGAGAAGCACAGAAGAUGAACCCCAUCAGGAGAUUUCUCCAUGAUUGGCUUGAUUUUCUCCUCGAAGCCACGGACCUGCCUCCACAAUGGGCGCAAACUCCUCAUUGUCGUGCCGUUGUACACACUGAUGACAUGGACCUCAGUGUCUGGAUGCGCCUGAAAAAAAGAAACAAACAGAAAGUAAGAACAGCAGAGACAAAGACAGUAAUCGCUCAUUAAAUCACUAUCUCCUUAAUGACUUCACACUAUGCAUCAUGCGAGCUCUUUUACAGAAGUUCCCUGCAAGUAAAACCGAUCCUGAGGAAUAGAAAGUGGCUGAAGAAGUAAAAGUAUAAUCACUUCUCUUAAAGUCCAAAUAUGACAGUCACUUUAUUUAGUCAAGUUUAACUUUAGAGACAUCUGUACUUUCCUUGAAUGUUUUCAUUUAGUUCUAUUUCUUAACUUCACUCCACUACAUGUCAGCAUUCAGGGGAGUUUUCCUUUUUGAUAGCUUAAGUGAACUAGACAAUACAUAUUACAACUUAAUCCACUUUCUUCUUUUUCUACCUCCUCAGCAAAGAGUUUAACUUCAAGAAAUGUUAAUUGACGAGUUCAAACAGCUCAUAGUUGAAACCUAAAUCACUAUACAAACACACAAGAUGUAUUUUUCCAUGUAUAAUCAUUUUUUAAAUAACCAUUAAGUGAUAGGAAUUCAAAGUGAGGAACAGACAUAUAUGUAGGUGGUUCUGUGCCAAAGGAGGUGCCAUCUUCUAUUUCCUCACAAUGAUGAGGAUGUUUGUGGUCCUCACUUGUAUGAACUCACUACUUGAACCUAAAACUGGCAUUAAAGUACUGUAGCUAUACUAAUCUUCCUCAAAAUUUCUCUGUAAAAACCAAAUUAAAUGGUGUUUUAACUAGAAAUCAAAUUAAUAAGAACAACAAAUUCGCCUAACCUCUCUUGAAAACUCCAUAAGCGUUAGAAAAAGUUCAAGUGAUAAUGUGGGUUUUUUUUCAUAGUUUGAAAACAAAUAUGAAGUCUACACGGGGCUCUGAAUGGCUUGUUCAAAAAUGGACAGCCUUGUUGCAUGGCAGCAGCGAAGGGGGCUUCCAGAAUGCCGGGGUCCUUAAAGGGACACAUAUAAGAACUUUGAAUUUUGUGUCUGUAAGCUAAGUGUCAAACAAAAAUACUUCAUCACAAAAAUACACUGUUUUUUAAAAAAAUGUACAUUUAUUUAGGCCUAUAAUAUAUUGUAAACCAUAACUCUGUAAGGCACAUUAGUUAAAACACUUCAUAAAAAUAAGCUGUUAGAAAUGCCUUAAAGAUACAUCUAUGAGGCUUUGUGAUUCAUUGUGAGAGGUGGGUUCAUAUAAAGUGUUACCAAUGUUAUCAGGACAGUGAUUCAUUCAUUCUUGUUACCUGCUCAGUCAUCAUUAAAAACUGAUAAUUACCUUACAGAUUAUUAUUCUGAUACGUGUCCUUUAAGCUUAUCCUCCUAUCUUUACUCUUAGAUACUCAUAAUUUGCUUGUUUCUGGUUUGCUAACACUUUUAGAUGAGGGAUUCUUACUUAAAACAACAGUGUUUUUAAACGUUUUCUCUUAAAAAAAAAAACAACAACAAAUUUUAAUAAAACUAGAUUCAUACUUGAGUAACUUUGAGGUGUCCUACCUGUUUAAUGAACUCAGUCAGUAUUUCAUAAUUUUGUGGUCUAUCAAACAGCCCGUGAACGAGGAUAACCGGCUUGUAACCGUCGAUGUGAGCUCCCAUGAGCAGCAGCAGCAGCAGCAGCAGUAGAGACACCGCUCUGAUGGUCUGCAGACUCUUCAUCUCUCUACCUGGAUAGAAGAUCGUUAGAGGAGCGUAGAGAGACUUUAUAUCAAGAUAUUUAACCCAGCUGAUGAGUAGACAUCGAUCUCUAAACUUUGAGUUACAUCUGCUUGACUAUGUGUGAGCGCAUUUCCUGUAUCACAUUCUUUUUAUAACAUUCAGUCAGAGGUGGGGGAAAGUCCUAAUGUUCAAGUCCAAGUCGAGUCUCAAGUCUUGGCUCUCAGGUCUCGAGUCAAGUCCAAGUCCUUACCGUUCCUUUCAAGUCAAAAACAAGUCAUAUCAAAGCCAUAAACCAUUUGUUAUAUGUAAAGAUUUUUUCACUAUUUGCAUUUAUUAUCAAACAAGGGUUCUUGUUUGUGUUAAGUUACAUAGUGCAGCUUUAACCAAACUUUUUUACAUGUCACACAAAAAAUAAUCAGAUAAACUUCAAUAAUUGGAAACUUAGACAAUGUGCACAAAAUGAGGAAGACUCAAAUACAAUUUAACAUUUAACCGAUAUGUGUCUGAUAAAAUACUGUAAAUUACGACGGAGUAUUAGGGACACAUUAAGAAAAAAAAAGACUUCGACAUUAAAGUCGUUAGAUUUGGAGAAUAAUAUCAUAACUAACGUGAAUAAAGUCGUAAUAAAAUCAGUAUGAUACUUAUGAUAAUGUGGUGCUGAUGUGUAUCUCCUUAAGAAACCCAAAUCAAAGUACAUUUUCACGAAAUGCUCCAUGGCUCUCCUUUCAACAUCUGUCAUCUUAACAACAGGUUAGAAUAUAAGGACUUUAUUCUGACUUUAUUAUCGUAAGUAUUUACUUUAUUAUGAAUUUUUUAUCGUUAGUAAUGACUUUAUCCUCGCAAGCUUACCACUUCAAUCUCGAAAUCGUAAUUUUUCCCCCUUAAUGUGGCCCUAAUACUCCAUCGUAGUAAAUGAAUCAAGUUCAUUCAAAAUUAUACAGGUUGACCAUGGCAACCAGCAUACGGUCCUUGUAGUUUCUAUUGUAGCCGCUUGGAGGCGCUAAGCGCUGUAAGCCUGUGAUGUAGCGCCUUACUUCUUCGGUUGUUUCCUCAUGACGUCGUUCGCCGUCGACCUCAGCGUGCGUCAAGCUAACGUCCAGCUAAGGAGAUGUGUAACCAGCAUCUCUUCCAAAGUUUAUAUUUUUAAAUGGAAAACAACAGACAAGUACUUAAACGUCUACUUUGAGUUAUAAGUGUUGCAUCAAGUGUCCUGAUCCGGAAGUCUUGCGCGACAUCCUCGCUGGAGUUAGCCGCGUAAGCUAACCAACAGCCCGCUAACACAACCAUAACAACUUCACAGAGAGAGCGGUAAGUUCGUGAAAAUACGACUUUUUAAAGAAAAAGGUUUUAUUUCUUUAAAGAAAACGUUCAUAGCUACUCUUUAUCACAGACACAUGAUUUUGUAUCACGACCAAAAAGGUAGAAAAGUAUAAAGAUAUCAACUCAGAUCAAAUGGACUAACGUGAAACCACCGCAGAAUCGUUUCACUUCAACAAAAUACGAAUUUUAAAGCUUGAAUCAACCACACAUCGCUUAUGCACGUUAACCGGCUUGUGUCUUCAUAUAAAACGUUAACGUCAUGCGGCUCCAGAAGGUAAAGAAAUAUUUAAGGUAUUCCCCGACUUUGCGAGAACAUGUACCUGACAUAAUCUGCAGUCCACAUUACUCUGAUUCAUAUCUGACCUCAAAAAAACAAAAUACCUCCACAACACCGAUGUUUUCGUGCCAGUGUUGUCGACAAUGUCGUCAUCUGUUGAGCCUUCGUCUGCAUUUCUGUCGGGGGUAGCACUCAUUUUCUUUUUUUCUCACCAUCAGUGCUGUCUGCUUCACCUGUUAAAGUGCUCUGGUUGCAUGUAGCUGCAGUUACUACCAUAGACUGUAUAUAAAAUGGACAGCGUCUGCCUCCUCGCUCGGUGAAGCCACUCCCAGAACAGCACCCUCUGUUGACGGGCUGCAGUAUAGGUCACAAAUCCCGCCUCCUCCAGCUAUCCCUAUGGAGCUGUGGACAAACUUAAGAAAUUUAUUACACAGAAUAUAAAUUUUUCUCCCCCUGCUUGGGAUGUUGACAUGUAGUUACUGUAAGACUGGUUUGUGCUCAAGUCCUCUUUUUUCUGUACAGCUCCGUUUUUAAAAGUUAUUAGGGGGUUCAUGUUUUCUAUGAUUGACACUUGAUACAGCCUAGCGUCAUCACAGCGACUCUUGGUGAUUCUCCCACCGAAUGCGCACAAUGCUACUGCGCAAGUGGUGGUUUCAAGAAAUGAAGAAAAAUCACGGAAAUACCGAGAGAUUUUCGGCUUCAAAUCCGUAUACAGGCGGGAGGCAGAACCAAGGUGUCCAUAGUUUAUACAGUCUAUGGCUACUACACACUUGUUUGCUACUUGGUUCUAAUUCAGCACAUGAUUGGUUCAGCGCGAAGCGGACCCGGAGCAACUCCCCUUUUCAUUAGAAAUUCGUACCAUGUUUUAUUUUGAUAUUGCGGGAAAUUUAUUUUUUUUGUAUCUUUAUCGUUUUAUCUCCCAGCCCUUUUGUCUCAUGACUUGACCUUUGCUUCUUCAUUCUUUGGAAAUGUGUAUAUUUGGUGACAACUUACAGAGUUCAAGUGAACACAUUGUUAACCAUGUUGUUCCCUCAGCAGGCACCAUGGCCAACCUGGAGCAGUGGGUGAACGACCGUCUGCACGACAUCCUUGGGUUGAGUGACAGAUAUGUCUCUCAGUUCAUGAUCGGCGUGGCACGGAAAGCAUCGAGCUCUGAGGACUUUGUCAGUCGUCUCGAGGAGACAGGAACGAUCGACAUCGACCAGAGCGUGAUUUCCUUUGCUCAGGAGCUCUAUGACAAGGUCUGUUCAAAUGUUUAAACAACUUAAAGGGAUAUUCCGGCGUAAAAUUAAUUUAGGGUCAAACACACCAUAACACCGAGUUAGUCACCCCAUUGAGAGAUGCAUGAUGAUCAUAAAUGUUCUUCCUUGAGCUGCGCCACCCCGCUGUAGUCCGUUAUGGACUGGCCCAAGGUCUCUACAAACAAGCGGCUGCUAGAAGAGAGACAGCGAGUUGUGUUUAGUCUCUUUGCUACAGAAAUUAGGCAAAGUUAAAAAGAUGUUUGGUGGCUAGUACUAUGGCUGGGACCCUAUAUGUCCUGUUGAUGAAGUUAGGUGCUGUUCUGAGCAUUAUUUGUGGCUAUAGAGUGGCUUUUUGGUUUAGCGCGUGGCUCUCUGUAUCGUUAUCGUGCGAUCAUUACUCAAGUUGGUAUAACUAGAGAAGCAAACGGUCGGCAACAUUCAUCUCUCGAGGGGGUGUCUAACUCAGUGUUACGGUGUGUUUGACCCUAACUUAAUUCUACGCCUGAAUAUCCUUUUAACAUGAGCUCAAACAAAAUAAGGAUGUACUUGAAUUGAUAUAGAUCAAACAUCUUACAGUCGUUUUCUAUUGUGUGUCACAGAUUCCUCGCAAGCAGGUUGUUGAGAAAGCGUCCCGGGCGAUGGAACGAGAAGCCAUAGAGAUGGACAGAAAGAAUCGGACGUACACGUUACUAGAGGACAGCGACAGUGAUGGAGAAGCGGUGAGAGAGAAGCAGAAAGGCAAAAAGAAAGACAAAGACAAGGGGAACAAGAGGAAACACAUCAGACAGAAGAAAGAGAGCGAGUCAUCAAGUGAGGAGGAAGCGCCUAAAAGGUAAUCGACAGAUUUACUUCUCUCAUUACAACACUUGUUGAUUCCUUUUUACUGUUUUUGUAGUUGCACAUUGUUCUGUUUAAGUUUCUUAUUGUAGAGCUGCUUCAAUUUCAAUUUGUUCAAAGUUUAAACAAGAAACAGUGUCAUACAAUAUUCCUAAGGUUAUGUUUUAACUGGGAAGUGCUCUAGAUAUGACUAUGCAAAGAUAACUGCUUAGACAGCUGACUUGAAUAAAGAACAUUAAAGGUUAUAAAAACUACAGAUUUGAAUUUAGAACACUGAUUGCUCAGGGGUGAUGCUCUGUGUGAGGUGAUAUGAAAGAGACGGUGCGGGUGCAUUUAAGUUUCAGGCACAAAAAGGAACAUAAACGCACUUAUUUUGAUUCAUCAAUUUCAGGCUAACAUCAGCCAAUGAUAUAUUAAUGUGGCUCUGACCUGAAACAUACUUAGUUUUGAGUUUAAUCCAAGAAAUAUAGAAGCAAUGUGUAAAUAUUAUUGAUCAAAACGCUGAAAAAUGAUAUUGCAGAAGGUGGUUGGGGGAACGAGGGGAGGAAUGGUUGGCCAAGUAUAAUUUUAAUAUUCAUAUAUAUAUGUUUUUUUUCUAAUACCAGGGGUAAUUCAGGCCAAAGGGAAAACAAAGAUGUCCAGAAAGAAGAGGAAGAAGAGGAGGAGUGGGAGAGAGAAGAGAGAGAGCGACAGCAGGACAUCGAAGAGAGAGACGCGUUUGCUGAAAGGGUGAAGCAGAAAGAUAAAGACAAGACCCGCAAUAUUGCAGAGAGGACGGACAAAAAGGUGGGAACGAUGAAAUGUAAUCGUGUUGUCAAGAUAACUCAAUCCAUCAUGUUGUUGAACACGCUCACCUCCUGUUUGUUCUCCCUCAGGCCUAUGAAGAAGCUCAGAAGAGGCUGAAGAUGGCCGAGGAGGAUCAGAAGAAUAUGGUAGAUUUCCAAAGAAUUAAAUCUUCUGCUCUUGGUGGAGUUUGUUGUUUUUGGAGAUAAAGUUGUGACAGUGUAAUAAAGACUCUUCUUCCUCUCUUUAGUUGCCUGAGUUGAGGAAGCGCUCUCGUCGGGAUUAUCUGAAGAAGAGAGAAGAAGAGAAGCUGGAGGACCUGGAGGCUGAGAUCAGAGACGAUGAGUAUCUGUUCUCUACGGACGAGCUGACCGAGAGAGAGAGGAAGGAGCUGGAAUACAAACGCACCCUCCGUGACUUGGCCAAAGAUUACAAAAAGGCCGGUGCAAAAGAGCAGGAGGAGAGGAAGAACAGAUACUACAUGCCCGAAGAGAAAAGGAGCAAAGUAUGAAGCAUGGAUGUCAGGUAUUCAGCAACCACCUUAAGCAUGUUUAGAUUGAACUGAUCUAUUCUGUCUUUGCCUGCUGACCAGGAGGUGCCUCAGAGGGACCUGGAGUUGGAGGAGACUCCUAUGGAGCUGGGGGGAGAGCAAGGCCGGUGGGAGGAGGAGAGGCUAAAGACGGCCUCCCUCAGCUUCGGGGCUAAGAGGGAGAGAGAGCAGGGGAUGAGGCAGGAGCAGGAGAGGUACCAGCUGAUCCUGGAGGAGGAUGAGAUGAUCGACUUCGUCAGCACCGCCAUGACCAUGAAGGGGACUCGAUCAGAGAAGGUAUCAAUAAAUAUUCUCAACUUUUCCAAUAAUUAAAAAUGCUGCUACAGUUUGUCACUCAGCAGUCAACCACUAUUUGUUGUGCAGAGUGUCUUCUGAUAAAAUCUGAGUCUGUCUUGCAUAGCAAUCAAUCAAUUAAUCAAUCAAACUUUAUUUAUAAAGCACUUCUCGUACAAUGAAUGUAGCCCAAAGUUCUGUCCAUUGUGUUAGGGGAUACAGAAUAAAAGAUAUAAAACCCAAUUCAUCUUCCCAACCAUGAUUUGGAGUAUUUUUAUAUGGAAAGGUUAACAAACUUGAAGCUUUGUAACACAUACUACAGCUCAAGUCAUUUAGUAAAGACACAAGAGCAGCCAAGUGCUCCCAGAAUUACUUUAUGAAUUCAUGGGAACUGAAGCAAAAACCCAAAACUUUGAAACAAGAAUGAAAUAACAUGCAGAAUAAGAUUAACAUCAGAAACUGACACAAUAAAAAGGAGUAUAAUUUAGAUUGAGCUCAAGAUCUGCAGAAAUGCAGAAACAGCUCCCGCUUUCUCGUCACAUAUGAUUGUGAAAAAACUGAUGACAUGAAAAUAAAUAUAUAUACGGUUGGACUAAAACAGCUGUCACUUUCCCCCAGGAUCAGGAGGCUCCCGCUCUAUCGCAGGCAGAGCUGAACAAACAGUCCAUGCAGGAGGUUAGACGCAGCCUGCCCAUCUUCCCCUACAGAGAGGACCUGCUGGCUGCCAUCAACGAGCACCAGAUCCUGGUCAUCGAGGGGGAGACAGGGUCCGGAAAGACCACCCAGAUCCCGCAGUACCUCCUGGAAGAUGUAGGUGCAGACUGUUAAAGAAGCAUCAUAAACUAUUGAUUUUCUCUUCAUCAUGACAUCUUAUCGGAUAGUUUCUAGAGUGAUCUAGACUACAAGGAAAGACCGGUUAUAUAUAUCAGGAGAAAAACAACCUCUUAUGUCUCUUUCAGGGCUACACCAAAGGAGGCAUGAAGAUCGGCUGUACGCAGCCUCGCAGAGUGGCAGCUAUGUCAGUGGCAUCCAGAGUGGCGCAGGAAAUGAGCGUCAAGCUUGGGAAUGAGGUGUGCAUGUUUUUUUUUUUUACACAAUUUAACCCCAAAAAAAAGACAUUACAUAUACACAGUGGUUAAUUCUGUGUCAUACCGAAACAUGUUUUUGUCUACUGCUGUUUAUAUGUUAAACUUUUUCCUGACACUCUUUAAUAAGUAAGAGAAGCACUGCUGACUGUUUCAUAACGCAGCUUUAAGAGGCAGACACAAUCCAGAGUCUGUGUUUUUACUCUGAUGUUGUUGUUUCAUCCAGGUGGGUUACAGCAUCCGUUUUGAGGACUGCACGUCAGAGAGAACGGUGCUCAAGUACAUGACGGACGGCAUGCUGCUGAGAGAGUUUCUCACUGAGCCUGACCUGGCCAGUUACAGGUGAUACAAAGACAUGAAUCUCACUAACCUGUUCAGAAAAUAAAAUUCCUGUGCAGUACAUUUUCAGGUUUAACACUGCUUCAUAUGUUGUUGUAACGAAUGAGUCAAGUUUUCUUGUAAAAUCACUCACAUAGUUCACAUUGUACAAACUUAAAGUGUCUUUAUUUUAUCAAAUCCUGCUUGUUUUUGUUUUUUAGAAAUACAAAGUUCCUAAUCUCCUAAGUUCCUAGUUCCUGUAAACCUCCAACACUUCCUCUCUGUGCUGUUAAAUUUUAAAUACACAUGUUCUCAGGUUAUAUUUGCUGCUUGACGUAAUUGUGUCUGUAUAUGUCGUGUUAAAUAAUCUCCCCACACUCCGUCUUUCUCUCUUCCUCCAGUGUGAUCAUCAUAGAUGAGGCUCAUGAGCGCACGCUGCACACAGACAUCCUGUUCGGUCUGAUUAAAGACAUCGCCAGGUUCAGAUCAGACCUGAAGGUGCUGGUGGCCAGCGCCACUCUGGACACGGAGCGCUUCUCCUGCUUCUUUGACGACGCCCCGGUCUUCAGGAUCCCCGGCAGAAGGUUCCCUGUCGAUAUCUUCUACACUAAAGUGAGAACGAGCUUUUACUCUAUAUUCUUUCUGGGUGUUUUCCCCCACUUCCUCUUCUUCUUCAAAAAACAACGUCCCCUCUGUUUCUACAUUCACUGAUAACAUUUUUACGUUUGCUAAACAAACAAACUAGUUGAUAAAAUAUCUGAUGUGAGUUCAGCUCACUAUCUUUGAGCUUCAGAGUUGGAUGGAGAUGCAAAAAUUCAAAGCUCCUGGAUGAAAAUUAGUUUUGACGAGUCACUCCAGAGUCCAGUGGAAAUAACUGGAAGUACCGACUGUUUAUCUCUCAGUUUGUGUAGACUGUAUGCUAACUUACUAAACCAUUGUCAAGUAUUCUUUUCCCUAAACUCAUCAUUUACUAGUUAAAACCCAUGUGUCACUCAGAAAUAACAUAUUCAUUUUUCAAACAGGUUCAGCCACAAUUUGAAGUUGCAUGUGUUUUAUUCUGCGUGGUCUGAAUUCUUUCUUUGACAUAUAUAUAUUCUUUGUUUCUGUCAAGGCUCCCGAGGCAGACUACCUGGAGGCUUGUGUGGUAUCAGUGCUGCAGAUCCACGUCACUCAGUCUCCUGGAGACAUCCUCGUGUUCCUCACUGGUCAGGUACUGUUUGUGUAAAAAGUUUAAUUUUUGUCGUUUAUUUUUUUGUAGAGAGUGAAGAAUUUGGGACAGUUUGAAAUGUAAAGUUGGAAAAUUUCUACUCCUCAUGUUGCCUGUAACAUUGGAUGUGUUUAAAAUAAUUUAGAGGCGCCUUUGGCCUUGUGGUUCUUUGUGGUUCUGGGUGUGUGGUGUACCCCAGCAGUUAAAAUCAGGAGUUGAUAUGAACGGCACCAGAACCAUAGUCAUAGUUUAAUAGUUCAUAGUUUAGUUUAUUUUGGUCAUCCGUUCAUGUAAACUGUUAUAUUACAUACAUAAUACAUGGGAGUUAGAAAUAAUAAAUACUGUUAAUUACUUGGUUUGACCAAAAAGGGUAUAGGCUGAAGCUAUUGGCUUAUUGCGCCUACCCCUUCCACAUACAGAGUUUUCAUGACAUUUUUAUACAAAUGUUUUUUCUUCUAUACAGAGAAGAAAGAUUUUUAAACUAAACAAAUACAUAAUAAACAAGAACAAAAUACUUUUCAAAACCCAUCAAGAGAUACAGACACCCUCUGAAGUUUGUCAGGUGGGUCUAAAGUGAUUCUUCACCUUCGUUGUACUUUAUAAUCAUCAUGUUUUUGAACGCUUUUUUAGACAUGUAGCCAAAAACAAGUGUCAGAAUCAGCUUAGUGCAAGAAAUUAGAUUUUUAAGAACAUUUGUCCAAAAACAAGGUUAACAAAGCUAGAAAAAGAAAUAUUAAUCUAAACAUUAUGCAGUUUUAUUCAUAAAAGCAGGCCAAAAACAAUACUUAAAUUUAUUUAAUGUGUAACACCUGCAUAGUUUACUGCUUGUUUUGUUUCCGUCGAUUAUAAACAAGUACAGAAGAAGUGAAGUUAAGAGGAAGGACAUGUGUUAACUGGGUGAAUGAGUAUUUUCUUGAUGUGCUAAAGCAGCAAUAAUACCGAAACAAACUGAUAAUCUUGUUCACAUCUUUAGCGUUUCCUGAAAGAUGGUGCUUCAAAUAGUGAAUUAUUUUCUAUUUCUGCUUUUUCUCUCCACUCUUCACUCUCCUCUCUCAUGUUGCUGCUCUUGCAGGAGGAGAUUGAAGCGUGCUGUGAGAUGCUUCAGGAGAGAUGCAGGCGGCUCGGCUCCAAGAUAGCAGAGCUGCUGGUGCUUCCUAUUUAUGCCAACCUGCCAUCAGACAUGCAGGCGAAGAUCUUCAACCCGACUCCUCCUGGAGCCCGGAAGGUGAGAAAUCCUCUCAUUUCUGCAAGAAUAUGUGGUCAAAUGAGAUGAGCCUAUUGCUGUAAAUAUUAUGGAUAACUUUAGGAUUAUAUUUCAAUAAAGCAGACAUAAAAUGAUUAGUGGACUUAGUGAAAAAGUUUGUUCUUCCAGGGGUUUAAAUAUAGAGCUGUGUGCUGUCUGUUUGCUCCUUUAGUUAUGUAAUAAGCAACAAGCUCUUCAUAAUUACCCAGAGUGCUUUUAACUGUGCUCUUAUCCACCAAUAGAAGCAGCCAUAGGUGCUUUUUUAAGACGCUCUUGUUUUUAUUGGAAGUUUGUUUUGGCGGAGUUAUCAGGGCUUUGUUCCUGUUACGUAACAGCGAGAUUAAAUCUUCAUCCUCCUUUGUUUCAGCAGUGCUCUCCCUCUUUUCUUAUCUGUAUCUCUGUGUUCUCUCUGUCCAGGUGGUGGUGGCGACCAACAUAGCAGAAACCUCACUAACCAUAGACGGCAUCAUCUACGUCAUCGACCCGGGCUUCUGCAAACAGAAGAGUUAUAAUGCCCGCACUGGCAUGGAGUCACUCAUCGUCACGCCCUGCUCACGGGUGACUGCUCCGUCUUCUUUUAAACUUUAAUAAGGAGGGCGUCAGUGUUGAAGUCCUGUGAUGUUAAAUUUCAGCCAGGGGAGACGUGAACAGCAGUUUUAGCAUGAUAUCUCUCAGGAGCAGGUUACAUGUUGGGAUUUAAGUAUAAAAACAUUAACGUUUAAGUCUCAGUGAAAGGUGGGGUAGGCAGGAUCUGAGGAAGUGCCAGUUUUUAGGAGAAAUCUUGAAUGUAAACUCUACCCCUCCCAACCAGUUUUCCCCUCAGCUCCUCCUCUCCCCUUCGUCUCUGCUCCAGCAAGCCCCGCCCACAAACAGACGCUCCUGCUCGCUCGUAUCGUUCCAAUUAAAUUCAGAUAUAAUGCAGAUAAAUACUUCAGAUCAUUACAAAUGGGGUCCAGUCAACGUGAAAGUUAAAAGCAUUGGUGCUACUGUAGAUGCCAACAGACUACCAGCAAACACAAUGUUUGCAGGACUUCUACAACUAGGAUAAAGUGACAUAGUCCAGGACCCGAGGUCAACAGUUUAGCGAUGGCGCUACAACACGCAGCAGGUCUGUUUGACAAGAAACACUUCUGUUACAGACACUUGUCUUACUUUGUUAAAGCGGUUUACCUGUCCAGCAGAAAGGUUACAGGGUCCGUAAGAUCCCGAAGCGUCCCCCAUCAUUGUUGACCCGGCUUUUUUAAGCUCUUGUCCGGUCUACCUCCGUAUUAAGCGCCCGUUAUCCCGCCAGAGUCUCCGGUAUUUACUUAGUUUUCUUGCUUGUGUCGGCAGUCGUGGCCAAAGGAGGAUUCAGACAAUUUUCCGUACUUUCUGGUUGGUUUCUACUGUCUGAUAUUGUAGCACGCUAACUUUUAUUUGGGCUCUUGAACGACACAGGGAGCAGCGUCUGCCUCACAACCAAUCAGGUUAGAGGAGGCGGAGAACGGCUUUGUUUACAAUCAGAAAGAGCGGACCGCUCAAAAUUUUAAAAUGUUGACUAGACAGACAUAAGAGAACACAGAGAUAUUGUGAUAUUACCAAAUGUUAUCAAUUACUAAUAACUAUGACUGAUAUUAAAAGAUUUUUGUUUAUACACCACAAAAAAAGAUGCUUCUUUAACAGAUUCCUGCUUAUUCCUCCUUUAAUGAGGCAGCUGGCCGUGUGUGUAUAUGUGUGUGUGUGUGUGUGUGUGUCUUUUCUUAGCAUUCCGUCAACUCCUGCUGUCUGUUUCUGUUUCUCUCUCUCUCAGGCUUCAGCCAACCAGCGAGCCGGCCGUGCGGGCCGAGUGGCUGCAGGGAAAUGUUUCAGGCUGUACACCGCCUGGGCCUUCAAGCAUGAGAUGGAGGAAACAACCGUGCCUGAGAUUCAGAGGACCAACCUGGGAAAUGUAGUCCUGCUGCUGAAGAGUCUAGGUGAGUUAAAAAAGAAAGGAGGUUUGAGUGAGAUAAAAUCAUCAUUGAAGUCAUGAUAUUGUGCAUUUUUUGUUGGCUGUGAUUGGGCAACAAGCUAAAAACAUUGUGUUUGCAGGGAUCAAUGACCUCAUUCACUUUGACUUCAUGGACCCCCCUCCUCAUGAGACCCUGGUCUUAGCACUGGAGCAGCUGUAUGCUUUAGGAGCACUCAAUCACCUUGGAGAGCUCACGAAGGUAACAAUGAGAGGCGUGUGCUCAUAAAUCCAUAAAACUAAAAACAAAUUAGACAUAGAUGUUCACAGUAAGCCUGAAGAAAAACCCAGUAUCUGUGUGGCAAAGAUGAGCAUGUAUAUUAGAUUAUAAUGUUUAUAGAAUAAGGGCCAUCAUUAGUGCUGAGGAAACUCUCCUAUGCAUUCUCCACUUACAUAACAGGUGCAUAACCUUCUGCGUUGAAAUGUAUUAUCUGUGUGCAUCUGCUCUGCGAGUGUGUGCGUUUUCACAUGGCACGUUGCACAAACCUGAAGCUUUACAUGCUUUGUCGUAGCCUAAGGAUUCAAUUCCUUAAUGCACAGUGCUAAAAAUGAGAGGAAUGACUCACUGUUGAUUCUGCUGAUACUAUUUAUCAGUGGUGAUGAUAAUAUGAGGAUGUUUUUAUAGUGCAGGGUUCAUUUGUAGCAGCUCUCGGUAUCAGCACAGAGUUCUGACAGGUGCAGAUUUAUUAUUCCUUUGCCAUUCAGCAAUGUGACUCUAACAGACCCAUGCUUUUCUGCUUGAUGAUAAUCUGCUAGUGAGUGAAACCCAUGGGUAGAGACAGUGUCGUGUGCACACGGUAUCUAACUUAGACACAAUGACAAAGACGUGAAGGAUGAGCUUUGGUAGUAGCUUAAAAAACCUAAAACUGAGUCUUUUAUUUUUCUCUUACACUGUUUUUUGUUUGUCUUGGUUCAGCUGGGUCGCAGGAUGGCCGAGCUCCCAGUGGACCCCAUGCUGAGCAAGAUGAUCCUGGCCUCUGAGCAGUAAGUCUCCACUCUGAUGCAAACGUUGGCCUCCAUAAAGUAUAUUUUUAUGACGCUCACCCUGGUGAAAUACUGUAAAAAAUGUAACAGUUAGAGGUAUUACCCUCCCAGGUUUGUGUUUAUGAAGAUUCUUUAAUUGGGCCGAUUUUUAGAAGAUAUUUUUAUCACCUGGUUAUAGAAUUAGUCAAAAAAGAUGAAAAGAAACUAUCAAGCCAAAAGCUAAAACAGUUGCAUUUUACAAUUUUUUUAGAUGUUAAGUUUGUUAACUGGGGUAACACUUUAAUUGACGCCUACCUCUAUAAGGUAUUAUAAAUAUAUGAAUAAAUGUGUUAUAAUCAUGUUAUAGCACUGUAUAACUAUAGUUAUAAACACUCAUAAAUUCUCAUAAUGCUUUAUAGCAAUAAUACAUUAUAAAGCAUUUUAUUAUGACUUACAAGGUCAGGUAUUAUAAUGUGUCAUAACUGUUACCAACAGUUGCACUGCAUUAUCUAUGUGGGCAUUGUCAGUUAUAACACAUUAUAAUACCUGUAAGUCAUGAUAAAAUGCUUUAUAAUGUGUUAUAAUUAUUGCUAUAAAGCAUUAUGAUCAUUUAUGAGUGUUUAUAACUAUAGUUAUACAGUGCUAUAACAUGGUUAUAAUGCAUUAUACAUAUAUUUAUCAUGUGUUAUAGAGAUAAGCUUCAAGUAAAGUGUUACCAGAAAGUUCUUGUUUUUCAGUUAAAGAUCAUUAUAACCGGUCAUGUUGUGUUAUGAUUAUGAUGUUGUUUUUCCACAUCAGUGAUAUUCUCUCCAACAGUUACUGCAAAAAUCUCGCCACAGUUUCACUAUAAAUGAACUUUAGACUUACGAAGUGAACGCAGGAGUUCAGAAAGGAGAGCUGGGUUAAGUGAGGGCUGGAUAAAUAAACACUGUUGGAGGCUGUUUGUGAUUUUUAAUAAACGUGACACAACUGACAGCUUUAAGUGCAAGCGUUCACGCCUUGAAUCAACCGUGGGCCUCCAGUCAUUUGGUCUCACUCUCCCACUUCUGAUGGAAGUAAACACUAUUUACAAGCUCCAUCUGUGAGUAUAAACAAGGCUCUGAGCUGUGGAUACGGGAGAGUGGGCGGUCAAGUGUAUGUUAGUGUACACCGGACCAGACCAGUGCUGACAAAUGCCUCCUAGACCAAGUGGACUUUCUGAUCAGAUCUCAGCAUGCAUUAAUGAGUGUCACUUGCACCCUAUUGUAUAAACAGGAUCUUCUUAUUUGUGCCCUCUCUCUUAAACACUCAAUCUGAUCUGAUUCUUGAUUUUUUUGUCUUCUUUGAGGUACAAGUGCUCAGAGGAAGUUUUGACAAUAGCAGCCAUGUUGUCAGUAAACAACUCGAUCUUCUACCGGCCCAAAGACAAGGUGGUGCAUGCCGACAACGCCAGGAUGAACUUUGUGGUUCCAGGUGGAGAUCACCUAGUGUUGCUCAACGUCUACACACAGGUAUAAACACAGCUGGUUCGCUUCAGUGAGAGUUGAGGAUGAUAAGAUUAAGGGUAAUCUUGAGUUAAAAGUCUUUUUAUGAAGCUGAUAAUGAACAAAGAUGUCUGAGGAGUUUUCUCCGAAGUCUGAGUAAAUCACUGAGUCAUAGUUAGAGACAAAGUCCUGUUUUUUCUGUAACCUUAAAAGCAAAUAUUUAAUGUAUGCACAGUUAAAGUAGGUGUGCUUACAUCUGUCUGUUACCUGUUUGUGACGCUUUCAUAACCACACAGCAGCAGCAGCAAACUCCUCAACAUACAGCAGCUCACUUACUCCAGCAUGAAUUCAUUAAUGUCACUUUGACCUUUACUUAGUUUGGAGACGUCAUAACUACAGUAGGUAGCUUUUCCCCACUUGUGACCAUAAUUGAGUGUCCAAGCCUGAUCUCAUCCCAUCAAGGUGGCACUCCCAGUCCCUUAAUUUUAUCAUGUGACCCUUUUGGGGGCUAAACCCACAGGUUGAGAACCACAGUUUCACUGCUCUGGCCUGCAAAUACCCAUGAGCCCUCAUAUACUCACUGUUAAAACCCAGAUGUUGUGCUGACUGCUGUCCUGCUGUUUGCCUCUCAGUGGAUGGAGAGCGGUUACUCCACUCAGUGGUGCUACGAGAACUUCAUCCAGUUCCGCUCCAUGAGACGAGCCCGGGACGUCCGGGACCAGCUGGAGGGUCUGAUGGAUCGGAUUGAGGUGGAGGUGGUGAGCUCCAAGGAGGACAGCAUACCAAUUCGCAAGGUCAGUGAUACCGUUGUCAUAGCAAUGCUUAACAGAUGGAAACAAGAUGGCUACAUCUCCGAAAGUUAUUUUAGUGGUUUCCUUAUAUUUGGACAUGGCUAGCGCUAAAAUAACUUCUGUAGAUGUAGCCAUCUUGUUUCCACCGAUUUUGCUUUUUUCCGACUUGGUAACUGAAACGCUGGUAAAUCGGUUGUGACGUCAUUUUCAGCUCGGACUUCUGACGUCCGAGGUAACUCGAACGCAGCAUUAUACCUCGUCUUCUGGGAAUAAAAAUCCUCACAAAGUUCAGAUUUAAAAGUUUUUUUUUCAGAUUAAGCCCACAAGAAUCAUGAACAAGUAAAGCGUCUCAUCAUGAGAUUCUUACAUCAGAAUAUCAGGCUGAAGAAAAACUAUAAAAUAAUGAAAAUUGACAAGUAUGGGUUUAAAAAUGUGAGCUGUAAAUUAUCACUGAAUGGAAACUGUGUGACUAGACCCUCCUAUUAAGGUCAGUGUGUGCGUGUGUGUGUGCUCUGAACGCACCCCUUAACUAUGUGAGAUAAGCUAGAGCGUUUGUUUAACUAGUCAGGUUGCACCUUUUUUCAUCACUCACCGCCUUCAUCUGGGUCAAAAAUCGUGCAGUGAAGGCGCAAAAAUAACCCACUUGACCUACUUGAAAUAUAAAAACUAGUGUUUAUGUUAAUCAUCUUAUAACAGGUCUUUCUGAAACAUUUUGUUUUCUCCGGCAAGGAUGUUUUAGGUUUGUAAUUAAAUCCUCGUGUGUGACUCCAGCAGCAUCAUGUGUGCUCUGUUUAAAGCCAGGGGGUGCUGAUGUCUCUGGGAAACACCCUGAGUCAUUUGAAAAGGUUUAUUCUGUUUUAAGAUCCGCUGACAAAUGAAGAUCUUCCCUUUUUAUCUCCAUGACUUCCGUGUGACAGAUGAGUUUCACCGUCUUUUGUCCUUUUCAGCGCCACAUUCGGACACUUUGAUUAGCGCCUGGCCUAGUUUACAGCAGGUGUGAACAGCGUGAGUGUAUCAGUAAAAACAAUUGGAAAAGUAGGUCUGAGGUGGAGUUCAGUUGAGUCAUUUGUCAUUUUAAUGAGUGAAUGCUAAUGACCGGGCAACCAUGGGGAUAAUGAAUGUUUUGUUCUUAUGUUGUAGUUUUUAUUUUUGGUCACGUUUCAGUUCAGUUUAGUGUUCUUUACCUCUGGUACAUUAAAAAUAACAAAAAAGGGGGGAAAAGAAAGUAGCAGUGACAGAAAACUCUCUGUAUUGACAUUUAUAAACAAUCUCCUUGGAAACGGAGCAGAAUGAAAACAAAAGAAAAGAGGAGCCGUCCACCGCUGUUAUUUAUUUAUUUAUUUUUAAACAGGAUGAUGAGUCUGUAUCCUAGAGAUUGUUUCAUGGAGGACAUCACAUGGAACUUCAGCCGUUGCCUUGGGUGGGAUGUAUACUAGAGAUUGUUAUGAUAUGACUGAACUAAAGAUGGGCGAUAUCGGCCAAAAAUUGUAUCACCGUAAGGUUAGCCAUUCUGAUGAUAACAAUAAAAGUCUCAAUUAAUAUUAUAAUUCCAAUCUAUAUUUUUGCCUCAGUUUGUCUUGAGAACACCUGUUGGAAGAGUCAAAUAAGAUACUGAACCACAAGUUUGAGUGGUAGGUUAUGGAGAAAACUAAUGACAUCAAACAAGUCUCAAAUGUGAAAACUCUUAUUGCACAGAGUGAACAGCAGCAGAUCCACUGUCCAGUGUCAGGCAUACCUGAUUGCACUCGUCUAAACUAUAACUAUAAUUAUUGUUUGUUAUUCUGCUCUGUGUGGGCUAUGGCUGCGAGUCCAUCGCUCGCGCUUACAUCAUCAACUUGCAUUUAUCGUAUUUGUCAUGGAGGAUUUUUCUGACGAUAAAUCGUAAAAGAGCAAUUGCCAACAGUUCAGUACCUUGACAGUUAUGUGUGAAGAGUUACGCCAUCUCAGGUUAAUAAACUUAAACUCCCUCUUUUCUUCUUGCCGCUAGCUUUAGCAUCUCUGUCUGACCUAAUGAGAGUGAAGCCAGGUAGAUUCAGACCACCGAUGAGGAUGACAAAGUUUGUCUCAGCUUGUUUGUCUUUGAGCAGUUUCAUCUUUAAGUGUUAGACAAGCAUUCCUUCAGUGCUCAUACCUUGUUCUUUGUUCAACUAUACAUUAUGAAUGACCAUAAUACCAGACUCUCAGAGCCUGAUAUUUACUUUGAGGGACUGGUUGCUUCUAUACAAAGCCCAGAGGAUUGGAGACAGUGCAGGGAUGGGAUUUUUGUGUAACCCCAGGGUAUAAAAACAAAGCAGUGUCAGUUCUGUUAAUCUGGACGCUGGAGUUUGUGUGACUUGGUUUCUGGUCUGGGGAUAAAACUACUUUAAGCUUACAGCGAACACUGCAGUGUGUGCUGCAGGGCUGCACACCAUGACUAUGUUUUCUUGGUAUGUGUGAAAAAAAGCGAAAAUUAAGUCUUAUAAAUGUGGAGUAUUUUAAUGUUCAUUUAUAUGAUGAAAAGCUUUCCCAGCUGAUAUUGAAGCGCAGAGAAUAAAAAUAAGGUUUAGUGCAGAAAAAAGUCGUUAUUGAUCUCUGUAAAUUCAACCCCAUACUCCCUAAGGUGUCAUCUUAUAUCUUAUGUAGUAACUUCAUUGAGAUGUCUAUUUGACAGCAUCAACUUACACUCUGUGUUUGGUGCCAGAUAAGAUAAGAAAAGAUGAGAUGAGAAGAACUUUAUUGAUCCCUGAGGGGAAAUUCAAUAUAUUACCUCACGACAGCAAUAAAUGUUUGAACUUGAGUAGAUAAUGAAAUAUCGAGAAGUGUGGCAUAUGACGAGGAAGAAUACAGAACUAAGAGGAAGCGAUAUCACCGUCAACAUUUUAUAUUUACUGCACCCCAUGUUCCUCUCCGAGGUUUCUGCUGGGUCUGAAAAAGUCUUAAAACAUCUAAAAUCCCAUCAUUUGAAUUUAAGGCCUUAAAAUGUCUAAAAUUCUCUUAAAGCCCCAUAAAAUGUCUUAAAUACAGAUUUGAAAGCUCUUAAAAAUGUAUUGAUGUUACUUACAAAUAAAGAUUGAUUUGAAGUUAGUUAAAAAUGUUCUGAUUUCCCUUCAUGUCUUAUGUACUUUUUUUGCCAGUAUGGAUGUAAAAUGGAUCUUAAAUUCUGUUCAUUAUGGUCUUAAAAAAGUCUUAAAUUUGACUUGUUGAAACCUGUAGAAACCCUGUCUCUCCCUAUGAGUACAUGUCAUAUUAUAUUAAUUGCACUCCUUAUUAUUGUUUAAACGAAUGUAGAAAGCCAUUUAUACUUUUUAAACUCUUAUUUUUAAUGACGUAAUGAAGUAUUAUCUAACUCCUUUCUCUUUUGUGUUGUGCGUCCUUGUUCCAUUUCUUUCUGUCUCCCCCUGUAUUCAAAUAUUCAUACACCCCUCUCUCUCUCUCUCGCUCUCUCUCUCAGGCGGUGACAGCGGGUUAUUUCUAUCACACAGCGCGGCUGAGCAAAGGCGGCUACAAGACGGUGAAGCACCAGCAGACGGUCUACGUUCACCCCAACAGCUCUCUGUUUGAGGAGCAGCCCCGCUGGCUCAUCUACCACGAGCUCGUCUUCACCACCAAGGAGUUCAUGAGACAGGUCCGCCUGCUCGCAGUGUUUACCUUCAGAGAGUCCUCUAAACCCCGCUCAAAUAUUUGCAGAUUGGUAUUUGUAGUUUGUUCCUCAGAGGCCUGUGUGCUAAUGUUAAAAGGUGUUGUUUAAAAUCUUAAGCACAUUCUGGUUUUACAUUUUCACUAUAAAACUCCUUCACAUGAUCUGUUUGGGGGAAUUAGAGAGCACAAUAACAAGGAAGUGCGAUCGGUUUUCCUGUAAGAAGUUGAACUGCCGACAGUAUCCGAUUAACCACAUUGAUUAAUUCAUCUCUUCCUGUUCGCAGGUGAUCGAGAUCGAGAGCAGCUGGCUACUAGAAGUGGCUCCCCACUACUAUAAGAGCAAAGAGCUGGAGGACAGCAGCAGCAAAAAGAUGCCCCGCAAGCAAGGGAAGACGAAAGAGGAGCUGGGGUGAAGGGAAAAACAACAACAACAACAACAAUCAGGUCCUCUGCAACACAUGGCAAAAACAUACCAGCCUCACCUCUCUCAGGGCAGGGGAGGGACCGAAAAAUGACUGACAGGUUGGAAACUGAAUAAAAAUACAGAGGAACCCUGUGAGAAGUGAAGCUGUUCGGCGUUAAGUCGGUACAUAAACAGCUGAUUCAUUCUUCAUGUGUGAAAAUGAAGCCUGAUGAGGCGUUUUGACGUAACCCCACACUGAGUCAAAAUCUGGAUCCAAAUGUUUCUGUGGAAAAUAUCCUAAACAAAAACACCUGGAGCGGAGAGGUGAAUGCAGGGAAGUGGGUCAAUAACUCACCAGCUGCUUUAAUGAUUAACCCGCUUCAUCAGCCCGACUACAACGAGGAAGCAAUCACGCUCUUGGAGCCGGGGCUAACGGCAUUUUUUUUUUACAGCUCAUUAUAAACGUGAGACUCUGUGUUUGUCUCUGACCUGCUGCUCAACACCCACUGGACUUGAUGUUGACUUUUCCUGAAUACAGGUGCUUAAUCAUGACACUUCACAAAACUAUGAAAGAAAAGCACGGUCGGAGUUUGUAAAUGAGCCAUCACCGAGGCGCCUCCACCCAGAUGGAAAUGACUAAUUCUUAAAAGAUGAGUUUCACUCACGUGAGAGGCUCCCUAUCUUCCCUCGAAUUAUUUUUCAGAUCAAUAAAGUUUUACAGUCAUUUGUUUAUACCGGUUAAUUUGUCUUGGUGUUUCCUACCUUACGGGAUCAAGUUUAUUUUGUUUUGAUUGCACCAGGAAGUCCCGCAGGAUAAAUCUUGACACAAUAUUUGGAUAACUUUCUACGCCCUCCUGUCAGGCUCAAUCGUUUUACAAAAUGUUGAUCGAUUCUCUUUGUCAAAUACAAAAAAAAAACCUUUUUCUACAUAAAAAAUAAACAUUUCUUACAAAAUGCA